CCAUGGGCAAAAACCAAGCAAAAAGGCAAUGGCGGCUACCCGUUGGACGGCCAGCGAGCUUGGCUACGUGAAAAAUCUCGAAAAGAUGUGAUCUACGCGUCGCAAUCGACAGUCAUAAAUUCGAGGUGAAGGUGGGGGGAGUAUUGUUGCCUGCAAAGGUAGAAAUGGCACAUGAUAUAUGCGGAGGAUGGCUGAUAGACGGAUAGACUUGUUAUCGAAUCGAUUAGACAACGAAUGGUGGCCACUGGCAAGUCAAUCCAUAAGAUACGACUGCAGGCAGGAAGGAGUAAAUGAGCGAGCGCACCUAAGUAAUGAGCGAGACUCGGCAUUAUCCUAUUCGCUCGGUCUCGGACUUAUACGCAGCCGAGGAAAUAGAGGUGCUUCUACUAGAAGAGAUACGCGAUCUGGAGCCACCACCUGCCAUAUAUUCUAAACCCGAGGACAUACAAGACUUCGAAAUAGCAGGCAGUAGAGGGGGGCGAAUCAGCUCCCAAUCAUCAGAGCUGGAUUCGCCGGGGGUGCAUUCGACGGUCCACUCUUGGGAUUCGCAUGCGAAUUACCAUGGUCACUAUGGUAAUAGUGAUCAUAGACCUGGCUCUUCGAGCGCCAUGCCUUGGUCUCGCGCAAGCCAUGUGGUUAUUUACUGCGACAUACAGGGACAUCUUAAAACGCCUACGGGUGUUGUUAGACUCUUACUACUUAUAUCCUCUGCAGCUUGUUUGGCAACCUUAUGCAGUUCUGGCACUGCCAAGGUCAGCAUUCUUAUGCUGCCUUUAGCAGAUCGUUUACGAUUCAUGAUCUUUGUAGCUGUUUUCUGUUUCUUGGUCACUGCAGCCCUUCUCUUCCUUGAUAUUUCGCAUGUCAUUUACAUCCUUCCUUUAAAUUGGGCUAAGGUGAAUGCUAUAGUAUUCACUGGCAUAGGCUUGUCAUAUGCUGCGAGUAGCGCAUUACUAGCAUGUACAGUAUGGGAAUACCACAGUGGAGGUUGGGUACCAAGACGCACACGUUCUCAGCUAAUUGCUGCGACGGUAGUGGGACUUUUCUGUGCUCUCUUAGCGUUUUUACUGUCUUGGAUACAUUGUCGUAGUGGAUCAAGUUGUAAAGGGCAAGAUUCUCGUAGUCAUACUCCGACGCAACAACUUUACAAACCCGUUGACAAUUCUUCUUCCUCUGGGGUCACUUUGAAGGAACGUAGUCCUAAGAGACCGGCUUCGUGGGCCGUGAAAAAUCAGCAGUCGAAGAAGCGCAACGCGGACAGUGAUACGAACACUAGUAACGGUGGCCAUCGCGGUAGCAAUCACGAGAAAUUUAAGCAAGGCAACAGAAAGGACCAUUGGGCUACGGCCAAGCAACACAUUUUAGAAACGCAUACGAAUAACGAGGACACUCAGCGGGAGGAGAGCGAGAUCGAGAGGAGACGGAGAAGACGGAGGAAAGAGGGCGAUAGUAGUUCGACCGGUGACGGGAACGCGCCAGGUAGUAGUAAGGUCGACGCUUUUCGUAUUAUCGCGGAGGAAGUUAAAACUAGGCGAGUGCCGCCGCGAAAGUUACCUCUACAGUCUACGGUGGAGCAAUCUCAGCCGUGGCCCGAUGCCGAACGUAGGAAUAGUGGUACUGCGCAAAUUAAGAGUAAAACUAGGCGAACGCCAGUGAACAAUGACGCACAGAAUUGUUGUGAAAUGAACGAGGCUAGGCCGAUCAAUCGGGUGACUCGAAACGGCCUCCGGAACUGGGAGGCGGAAUGUACGUCUAGCAACGGUAUAGAAGAAACUACUGAUGCGAACGUGGCCGUUCGUAACGCCAUGUGGCCCGGACAGUGGCGUCCACCACCAGAUGAUGUUCAACCUUGUUCUAGCAAAACUAUCGAUCCUUACAGCUUUGCCUGAACGUCUUGUGAAAUACGAAGCACAUACUUUAGGUAAAAAAAAAAAAAAUGAACUUGUUCCAAUGAGCAGUUUCUGUGAACAGUGACGUAACAAAAUUUUUUAUAGAAUCAAGUACAUCUAUAUAUUUUACGUUGAACGUUUUCUUUGAUUAAACCGCAAUAGUAGUUGAUGACUUACUUGUUACAUAAUUGAAAUUUCAUACUUUUUCUCGUUUGCAUACAAAUUCGCCUAAUUUUAACACACAUUUGGUAUUGAAUAAUGUCUAGUGAUUGAAGUAGAGAACUUGUAUCUUGAAUUUAUAUAUGUUGCAUCUGUGUUUUCAAUUAUGCAUGAGAUCGGAUGUGAUUUAAAAUGUUAACGUAAAAUAUAUAGAUUACUACAUGCAACAGGUGAAAAAGAUCGUAGCCCGGACUUGUUGUAGGGCUCAUCAAGUUCGUCGUUUAUCGAAUUUUGCAGAACGAAAUUGUGUCCAAAAAAUCUCAGAUCUUGUAUAAAAUUAUUGCUGCCUUGUACAUUUUGCUGCCAAGAGGAUAGGUUCUCUCUUUAGUUGUUCGGGUCCUGACGUUUUGCAUCACAAAACCAGACUGCCCAACUUUGAUAAGCAAAUAAUGCCACUUCAUUCCAAUCAUGUACCAAAUAAUAAAUUUAAGUAAGUUUUAAUGGGAUUUUGUAAGUAUAAGACCACUAUAUAGCACGUAACACUAAUAUAUAUAAUAUAUAUUUGACUAAUUAUUUCUAUCAUAUUUUGAUGCCAACAUAUUUUGAGCUCCAUGCAUACUUGGAAAAAGCGUUUAGUACGCGUGCAGGGAGAAAUCGCCUAUUCUUUAAGAUGAAAGUGUAUAUAUUAAACCUUAAAAGGAUUAUAUACAUACAUAGUAAAAUGCAGCUAGACCGAUCUUUCUAUCAAUCCUACAUACAAAGAACGGCAGUUGCAAUUACAAUUUGUGACUGUAAUUUGUCUAUUUAAAUGAAAAAACGUAAUUGCAAACUCUUGAAACAUAAACGCACAAGAUUUCCUCUUUUAUUGAAAUUAUAUUUUAAUAUUAUUUAUCAAUCGAAAAUCAUAAUAUUAAUUUAUUUUAAAAUGCUUAAAAAGAAACUAUGUCGUGAUUAUAAACAAAAUAUGGGAAAAUUAAAAUAGAUGAAAUUAUAAACACUUAAGAAGUAAUGCUUUUAAUAAAUGAAAAUGUUGUAUACGCGAAAUUAUAGAAUAAAUUUCUCAUUUAGAUUUUAUUUCAAGCUUUAAUUCAAUUAUGAUCGGAUAGCUUAUUAAUAACCAGCGAUAUAAUAUUAAAAUCACGAUGAUAUUUUAUUUUGCAAUGACAAUAUAUACAUAUUUCACACGAUGGCCUUAUAGAAUUUUAAAUUUUUAUUAAAGCACGUUUUGAGAGAAAUGCUACAAAUGAUUUCACAUGUAGAGAGAACUUUUUAUUCACUUAUAAUAAAAUUAUAAGAUUGAUAUUCUUUACAUUGGAAGAUCGGUUUGGCAUUAGUUCCCGUAUGAACAGAAUAGUAUGCGUGGAACGAUUAUUUUUUAUUAUAUUAUUCCAAUUAGCUCACACUCUGAAAUGUGCUCAUUAUAUUACAAUAGUAUCAUUGUUGCACAAGGACGGAUGUACAAAUGAUUUAAAUUACACAAGUUCCAUCUAAUUAUAACAUGUUUAAAUUAAAUAGUACUAAUUCUAUAAAAUAAUGCUGAUAUAUAUAAUUGGUCAUUUUUUUUUUAUUAAAUCUUAAUUGAAUAUUUUCACGUACACACGGAAAGCAUCAGAUUUUUGCUGACUUAUUUAAGUUACUAAAAAGAAAAUAAUCCGUCCCUGUUCCUGUACGCAUCAUUUAAAUAUAUCUUACGUAGUUUUUUAAAAUUAUUAGACGAACAGUAUUAUUUAUUGUGUUAUUUGUAUUAAUUUUAACGAAAGAGUCUAGUCAACUCUAGUCAAGCACUUUUUUUGUACAACUAUAUCUUCUUAAUGAUCCAUCAAAGAGCAAAGUAUUUUUAGUACAUACAUAUCGUGUUAGAAGUACAAUUCAUCCUAGAAGAAAAACUGUUGAGCGCUUGUUUCCUGAUUGAUAAUUCCAUUGAGUCUCUUUUUAAUAUAUAUAAUAGCAUUACAUGGUCUUCAGAAUUUCUCUGAUAUCUCGUUUCUCCUACGUUCAAUGUAUCACGACCAUUAUACGAUCGAAUAAAUAUAAACAUGUUAGCUAAUUAUGAUUAAGACAACUAUUUUGUCUGGCAACAGCUAUUUUGUCUUUUGAUACGAUGCCGCGGGUGUAAACACAAAUAAAUUACACAUUUAUCGAAACUUUGAUGCGUCGACCUUAAAUCAAUUAAUAGUGUAAGAGAAAUGCGUGUUCAUAUAGAUUCAUAAAGAGAAAUAGCAUAUAAUACAGCAGCUUCGUUGUGGCAAAUAUAGAUAGUGUCGUAACUCGUUUUGUUGGACACAAUGAAAUGUAGUGUGUAAUUUUUCUGUAUGAUUCCUCGUUGGUACGCUAAAAUUUGAAGGUGAAAUAAGUUACAUUUCGUUAGGGGUAAUUAAAGUGUCACUUGGCGUAAUAAGGCAAUUAGCUUUGAGCUAUAUCAAAGUGUACAAGCACUGCCAGAGGAAAUAUAACGCUCUUUGAAUGUAACAUAAUCUCUUAAUGACUUUACAUCCGAGGCUUGUAAUUCGAAUUCGUGCACAUAGCGUCAUAUCAUUUUAUUUCACAUUCCACAUUGUUAUUUGUAACAAUAGAUUUGUAAAUACUAAAAAUUUUCUCUCAAAAUUUUCAAGAAGAAUAAAAAAAAACGUAAUUUGUCAAGUAGCGCAAUGUCAGACAAGAGACAGCUAAAUGGAUUAAAGUCAUUAUUACUACAAUAAAGAUUAAACUAUCACUUGACUUCGAUAACAAUUAUUUGCUUCAACGAAGUUAAUAUAAUAAAUAGCAGUAUGUUUGUGAUACAUGAGAAGCACUGUUUCCUUAGAAUUUGUAUGAAUAAAUUAUCAUUCAGGCAAUAAAUUUCGAUUACGAUUAA